AGCCUGAAAUGACGGUGCACACAAAUGGUAAAAGUCGUCUGCUGCUGUGGGCGACGGCUUUUCCAAAUUUCCUCAGUCCACCCUCUCUCUCUCUAGAGACGUUUUCUUUCUCUCUCCUCUCUCAUUCUGUGUGAACUUCUCUCUCUCUCGCUCUCUCUCUCUCUCUCUCUCUCUCGAUCACAUAGUUUGCUUUGAAGCACUCUCUCCAUCUCUCUGCGUCUGGGAGGGGGCAUUGGGUUUUAAUUGGUUUGGGAUUUUGUAGUUGACAUUGCUCACGAUCCGCUGAAGAAGUGGUGGGAUCUAAGGAGAGAGAGCAAGACUUGUACGGCUGAAAGUGUGGCGUCGCUGGAUCUGAGAGCAGAUGGCGUUAUCAGGCAUGAGAGGUCUCUCGGUCUUCAUCAGCGACAUUCGUAAUUGCCAAAACAAAGAACAGGAGAGGCUUCGGGUCGAUAAGGAGCUCGGCAACGUCCGUACCCGCUUCAAAAAUGAAAAGGGUUUGACACCUUAUGAAAAGAAGAAAUAUGUUUGGAAAAUGCUUUAUAUUUAUAUGUUGGGUUAUGAUGUGGAUUUUGGUCAUAUGGAAGCUGUUUCCUUAAUAUCUGCGCCAAAGUAUCCAGAAAAGCAGGUUGGGUAUAUAGUGACAUCUUGUUUGCUCAAUGAGAACCAUGAUUUUCUGAGAUUAGCAAUAAAUACUGUGCGCAACGACAUUAUUGGUCGCAAUGAAACUUUUCAGUGCCUGGCGUUGACAAUGGUUGGAAACAUUGGUGGGAGAGAAUUUGCUGAAUCAUUAGCACCUGAUGUUCAAAAGUUACUUAUUUCCAGUAGCUGCAGACCACUUGUGCGAAAGAAGGCUGCAUUAUGUCUUCUGCGCUUGUAUCGGAAAAAUCCAGAUGUCGUAAAUGUAGAUGGCUGGUCAGAUCGGAUGGCACAACUUUUAGAUGAACGUGAUCUGGGUGUUUUGACGUCUUCUAUGAGCCUUCUUGUUGCCUUAGUGUCAAAUAACCACGACACAUAUUGGAGUUGUCUUCCUAAGUGUGUUAAAAUAUUGGAAAGGCUUGCUAGGAACCAGGAUGUUCCACAAGAAUACACUUAUUAUGGUAUUCCAUCUCCCUGGCUUCAGGUGAAGACAAUGAGGGCUCUCCAGUAUUUUCCAACGGUUGAAGAUCCAAAUACCAGAAGAACAUUGUUCGAGGUUUUACAGCGUAUAUUGAUGGGAACAGAUGUUGUGAAAAAUGUGAAUAAGAACAAUGCAUCACAUGCUGUUCUCUUUGAAGCACUUGCUCUUGUCAUGCACCUUGAUGCUGAAAAAGAGAUGAUGUCUCAGUGUGUUGCCCUUCUUGGGAAAUUUAUUGCUGUUCGUGAGCCAAAUAUUAGGUAUCUUGGUCUGGAGAAUAUGACUCGGAUGUUGAUGGUAACAGAUGUACAGGAUAUCAUCAAAAGACAUCAAGCCCAGAUCAUUACCUCCUUGAAGGACCCUGACAUCAGUAUUCGAAGGCGUGCUCUUGAUUUACUUUAUGGCAUGUGUGAUGUUUCAAAUGCAAAGGACAUAGUUGAAGAACUGCUGCAGUAUCUCAGCACAGCAGAAUUUGCAAUGCGUGAAGAAUUGUCCCUAAAAGCUGCUAUUCUUGCAGAGAAGUUUGCUCCCGAUCUAUCAUGGUAUGUGGAUGUGAUACUUCAGUUGAUUGAUAAGGCAGGAGAUUUUGUCAGUGAUGACAUAUGGUUUCGUGUUGUGCAGUUUGUUACAAACAACGAGGACCUGCAACCUUAUGCAGCUGCAAAAGCCCGAGAGUAUCUUGACAAACCUGCUAUACAUGAGACAAUGGUGAAGGUUAGUGCUUAUAUCCUUGGUGAGUAUAGCCACCUUUUGGCCAGACGGCCUGGGUGUAGUCCAAAGGAAAUAUUUAACAGCAUACACGAGAAACUCCCAACUUUAUCGACUUCUACCAUUCCUAUUCUUCUUUCAACAUAUGCUAAGAUCUUAAUGCAUACUCAACCACCAGAACCCGAACUGCAGAAUCAGAUUUGGGUGAUUUUCAACAAAUAUGAGAGUUGCAUUGAUGUUGAAAUACAGCAACGGGCUGUUGAAUAUUUUGCAUUGAGUAGGAAAGGUGCAGCUUUAAUGGACAUAUUGGCUGAAAUGCCCAAGUUCCCUGAACGCCAGUCAGCGUUAAUAAAAAAAGCUGAGGAUACUGAUGUUGACACUGCGGAGCAAAGUGCUAUAAAAUUGAGGACCCAGCAACAGAAUUCUAAUGCUUUGGUUGUAACCGACCAACGUCCUGCAAAUGGAACUCCUACCAUUGGCCAGCUUAGUUUGGUGAAAGUUCCGAGCACAAGUAGUAAUGUGGAUUAUAACUCAGCUGACCCAGGGUUGACCCCGGAAAAUGGAACUUUGAGUAAAGUGGAUGCUCAAUCUCCAGCACCUACACCUGAUCUCCUUGGUGAUCUAUUGGGUCCACUGGCUAUAGAAGGCCCACCUGGACCUGCUGUUGGGUCUGAUCAUAAUUUAGUCCCUGGAUUGGAUGGUAUUCCAAAUGCUGUGGAUGCUGCGGCCAUUGUACCAGUAGAAGAACAGACAAAUACCGUUCAGCCAAUAGGAAAUAUCACAGAAAGAUUUCUUGCUCUGUGCUUGAAGGACAGUGGUGUUCUAUAUGAGGAUGUUAAUGUUCAGAUUGGUGUUAAAGCAGAGUGGCGGGCCCAUCAUGGACGUUUUGUUCUUUUCUUGGGAAACAAGAACACCUCUCCCCUUGUCUCUGUACAAGCUCUGAUAUUGCCUCCCUCCCAUUUGAAAGUGGAGCUCUCAUUAGUACCUGAAACUAUUCCUCCACGAGCACAGGUCCAAUGCCCACUUGAAGUUGUGAAUAUCCGCCCUAGCAGGGAUGUAGCUGUUCUCGAUUUUUCCUACAACUUUGGUACCGCCAUGGUCAAUGUCAAGCUUCGCCUUCCAGCCGUCUUGAAUAAAUUUCUUCAGCCUAUAUCAUUAUCUGCAGAAGAGUUUUUUCCUCAGUGGAGAUCACUUUCCGGACCACCUUUGAAGCUCCAAGAAGUGGUUAGAGGUGUAAGACCAUUACCUCUCGUGGAAAUGGCAAACUUAUUCAACAGUUUUCGGUUGAUGGUUUGCCCAGCUCUUGAUCCAAACCCAAAUAAUCUUGUUGCAAGCACAACCUUCUAUUCAGAGAGUACAAAGGCCAUGCUGUGCUUGGUUAGAGUUGAGACAGAUCCAGCAGAUAGAACUCAGCUGCGUAUGACGGUUGCUUCGGGGGACCCAACUCUAACAUAUGAGUUGAAGGAAUAUGUCAAGGAACAAUUAGUUAGCAUCCCUACAGCUUCCCGGUCACCCGCACCAGCCCCUUCGGCACCUUCACCUGCUGCUGCUGGGCCAGCGGUAACAGAUCCUGGGGCUAUGUUGGCUGGUUUGCUGUGACGAUGUGGCAGUACAUUUUAGUGAGAAGAUUUUUUUCAGUAUACACUUGUAAAAAUUCGAUUUAUAUAUCCAGCUUGCCUAUCUGUGAAGAGGUGGCUAACGUGAUGCAAGGGCUGUCGGAAUUAUAGGGGUGAGCAAAAUUUGUCAUCGGCAUAGUGUUUUGAGUGGAUUUCGGUGGAGGAUCGGGUUGGGGAUUGAGAUUCUUUCCGCACAACUGCAUUUGUGCAUUUGAUGAGGGGCUUUUUUCCUUUCCUCGUUUGGGUGAGGUACUUUUUUCGUUGUCGUCUUCUUUUUUUCCUCGGUUUUACCAGAUUGGCUUCUGUAAUAUGAUAUUCAAUGGCAUGUCAGCAAUUGCAUGGAGUAGAACCAAAGUGUAACAGCGAUGCAUUUGUUAAUCCAUAUUUAUGUCUUUUUUU